CAAUGAUCAUUAUUAUCGUGUGGAGAUUUUUAAUGAGGUUGUUGAUCUAACAAUACAAGAGCUAAACACUCGGUUUUCCGAAGCUAGCACUAAUUUGCUUAGAUGCAUGGCGUGUCUUGAUCCGAGAAAUAAUUUCUCCCAAUUCAACAUUGAUCAACUCAUGCGUUUCACUACUUUAUAUCCCGAAGACUUUGGGCCAGGUGAUUGUCUAUGUCUUCCACAACAACUCCGUAAUUUCAUAGCAUUUGUUCGGAAUGAUUCUCGAUUUUCAACAAUUACCAAUUUGGGAAGUCUUGCUCAGGAAAUGGUUAAAAGUGGUAAUCAUUUAGUUUUUCAAUUGGUUUUUCGAAUGAUUGAGUUGACAUUGGUUUUACCCGUAGCUACUGCUUCUGUUGAGAGAGCAUUUUCUGCAAUGAAGAUUGUUAAGACUGAUUUGCGAAACCGUAUGAAAGAUGAGUGGAUGAAUGACAGUUUGGUCGUGUAUAUUGAGAAGGAAAUUUUCUCAACUAUUGACAACGAGAAGAUCUUGCAACGUUUUCAGUCAAUGAGUACACGUCGAAAUCAACUGUCAUUUCUUUCUCAAACAGAGACGACUAGCUCGGGUUCGCCAAGUGUCUAUUCAUAGAUUAUUUGUAAUGUAAUAGACAUGGUAAUGAAUGAAACUAUUGUAGGUUUUUAUUAUUGUUGUUAAUCUAAUGACAAAAAAACAAUUAUUUAUUAA